GGGACUCGCUUCGCCGCCUGGAGUCUCCGCCGGCAGCCGCCGCCACUAGCCGGGCAUGGCCAUGGCGUCUCCGGCUAUCGGGCAGCGCCCCUACCCGCUACUCUUGGACCCCGAGCCGCCGCGUUAUCUGCAGAGCCUGAGUGGCCCUGAGCCACCCGUGCUGCCACCACCCCCAGGCCGCUCUUCGCGCCGCUGCGUCCCCGCGUCCCUCUCCACUGCGCCCGGGGCGCACGAGGGGCGCGGCGCGCGGAAAGCUGCCCGGGGAGACUCCGAACCUCAGCCCCGGGCCUCUCGACCUGCUCGGCCUCUCCGGCCUGGUCUGCAGCAGAGACUGCGGCGGCGACCCGGAGCGCCCCGGCCCCGCGACGUGCGGAGCAUCUUCGAGCAGCCGCAGGAUCCCCGCGUCCCCGCCGAGCGGGGCGAGGGGCACUGCUUCAUCGAAUUGGCGCUGCGGGGCGGGCCCGGCUGGUGUGACCUGUGCGGACGCGAGGUGCUGCGGCAGGCGCUGCGCUGCGCCAUGGUGCACCGCUAA